CCUACACAACACAAUGAAGAAAAAAAGGCCUAAACCCUCCUCCUACGGCACUCUGUUUCCGGCGGAGCCAUCCUUCAAUUCUCUCCCGUCUUCCAAGGCCGACUUUUCCCGCUUGAUCGCCGCCGUUUCUAUCGCUGCUGCGGUGGCGGUUGCCUGCACUUUCAUUACCGCAUUUCUUAAUCAGCCGCCUAAACCCUUCUGCGAUGCUACCGAUGACCCCGAUGACUCUCUCGCCGACUACUGCAAACCAUGUCCUGCAAAUGGAGUAUGUUAUGAUGGAAAGUUGACUUGUGAUCAUGGCUUUAGAGAGCAGGGAAAUCUAUGUGUGGAAGACGGGGAUAUUAGUAGAGCUGCUAAAAAACUUUCACAAUGGGUAGAAGAUCGUGUAUGCGGAGCAUAUGCUCAAUUUUUGUGCAGUGGAACUGGAAAAUGCUGGGUUCCGGUGGAUGAGCUGUUGGAUAACUUGGAUAAGAACAGAAUGAGUGAUACUGGUAACCUGGAUAAGGCGGUAUACAUGCAUACAAAACAAAAAGCUAUGGAGACCAUCCGUAGUGCUCUGGAGACAAGGACGGAUAAUCAAGGUAUUGAAGAACUCAAGUGCCCAGAGUUGCUUGUUAGCAAUUACAAACCACUCGGUUGUGUUGUGCGCCAGUGGAUUAUCAAGCAUGCGUUACUCUUGCUCCCGGCUUGUGCAUUGAUUGUUGGAUGCAUACUGAUUGCUUGUAGGACAUAUCAGAGACAUCUCUUGUCUGGUAGAGCCGAGCAACUUUACCAUGAGGUUUGUGAUUUACUUGAAGAGAAACCAUCAUUCUCCAAGAGCAUUAAUGAUGAAAGUGAACCUUGGGUGGUUGCAUCCUCUUUGAGAGACCACCUUCUCUCGCCCAAGGAGAGAAAGGAUCCGUUACUGUGGAGAAAGGUUGAGGAGUUGGUUCAAGAAGAUUCUCGCGUAGAUCAGUACCCGAAGCUAGUAAAGGGCGAAUCUAAGGUUGUAUGGGAGUGGCAAGUUGAAGGCUCUGUAGGCUCUUCAGGAAAGAGAAAAAAGAUUGCUGGAGGUGCGAAGGAAUCCAUGAGUUCAUCUGCCAAUGUUCUUCGCAAGAUUCAUGCUGGCUGAUGGGCAAAGAUAAUGGGUGUUGGCUUUGUUCAAGAUGGCUAUAUGGGCAGUUGGAGGCCCCUUUAGCAUGAAUGCCAUUCUGAGUAUAUGAUGAUUUCUGUAGUUUGGAUAAGCACAAGUCGGGAUGUGUGUUUUUUAAUAUUUAAAAUUUAUAGUAUAUUUUGUAACAUUAAUAGUAUCGAUUUGCAUUUACUGUUAGAGGUAAAUUUCAGUACUAUUAAAUUGUAUUAGUAAAUAUACAUAUGCAUAUAAUUAUAUGCAUUAAAACUCAUGCUAUUUGUUGACAGUGAAGCCAUUGAAGCUUA